AUGGAAAUGAGAGAAUCACAGAAUCUCUUUCAUACUUUAGAUGAGCGUUCUUUCAGGAAACGGUUUAGGCUAACAAAAACGUUAACGGAGAGGCUUAUUCGACGCAUUUCUCCCAUCCUACCUGAUGAAGGCCCGACAUCAUCUGUAUCAAAGUCGAUUCAGAUUCUCGUUACAUUAAGAUUUUAUGCUUCGGGAGACUUCCAAGAGUCCAUUGGGGACUCAAAAUUCUUCGGUCUAUCCCAAUACAUGGUUAGCCAAAUCAUUUCGAAUGUCACAGAUGCCAUUGGAUCUCUAUCGGAUGAAUAUAUACGAUUUCCUGAAACCGAAGAGCAAUUCCAAGAAAUCUCUAAUGGGUUCCAACAGAGUGGUGGCUUCCCAGGUGUGUUAGACUGCAUUGAUUGCACUCAUGUAAUCAUGCGAUCCCCCUCAAUAGAGCCUUGGCAAUUCAAAAAUUAUAAAGAGAGUUAUUCUCUCAAUAUCCAAGUGACUUGUGAUCAUCAAAUGCGCGUAACUUCGAUCUGUGCAUACAAUGGCAGAACACAUGAUUCCAAAAUCUGGCGCGAAUCUGAUACAAAAGAAAAGAUGAUCAGAGUGAAUGAGGAGUUUGAAAGCAGAUACUUCCUGCUCGGAGAUGCAGGUUACCCAUUGUGUCCAACACUUCUCACACCUAUCGUAGACGCUUUGGAAAACACACCUGAGGGCAGGUACACUCGUCGUCAUUGUAAGACAAGAUGUACAAUAGAACGAGUUUUUGGUGCGAUGAAGGGACGAUUUAGGUGCAUUCACCGAGACCGAGUAUUGGCGUACGAACCAGAAAAAGUCGUUAAAUUUUUUAAAAAUUGUGCGAUUCUUCACAAUUACAUAAUUGAGAAUAGGAUUGCAUCUGAGGAUGUGGAUGAUGUCAUGGAUCAAGAUGAUGAUGAUUAUAAUUUGCAUCAAGGGAUAAUGGACUUUGAUGAUAUUGUUGUUGGGCAGCCAAACAGUGAGUUGAUACGAGGACGUCAUCUUCGUCAGCACAUCAUUGAUAAUUUUUGUACUGACUAAUAAUCGUUACGGAAUUUCAACGUUAUAAUAAAAAAUAAAAUACAAAAAUAAUGACCUAUUUUGUAAUCAAUU